AUGCCGGCGAGUUCACAAGCUAGCAAUGUGAGAGUGCCCAAAACGCGCACCAAGACCUUCACAGGAUGCUGGACCUGUCGAUCUCGCCGGGUAAAAUGUGAUGAUGAACGGCCUGUCUGUCGUCGCUGUCGCCAAAGCGGCUGGCACUGUCAAGGAUACGGACUGCGUCUGGGAUGGUCUCAGACUCCCGGUAGCCGAUCUCAGCGACGGCAGACACAGUGGUCUGCGCUUCAACUCCUGCCGAACUUGUCGUCGUCGGCUGUGAAUGCGCUCCUGGCCGACUUGGAUGGCUGGUCUGGGGAAGGGCCGUCUCAGGAAAGAGGGCCUUUUACGGUGUUUUCUUUAUCCAAUCUCGAGGCCGACGGAGCCGGGGUAGAAGUCGCGUCUUCAGAUACCCCGCAGAGCAAUUCCGCUUCCUCGUCGGCCGCAUCGCCCAGCACGGACAACGCGCACGAUGCAUGCGACGGUAGUACCUCACUGCCACUAAGGCCGUCGUCCUGGGAACACCGGAUCAGGUCCACCACGACAGACUCAUCAUCACCCGAGGCAGACUCGUUGAUGGAUGAUACAUGCGCUGCCCCGUCCUCGCGAUCGUCGCCUUAUGAGCGACUUUCAGCGACGCCCAGCGACAUCGAGGAAAUCGUGCGAGAUUACUUUCCCACCAUAAUGACCAGAGAUCGCGCUGAUGUCAAUCGAUAUGGCACUACCCAUGUGUUGCCUGGGUCGCCAUUAUCAAGGCACCCCUCUCCUAUGAUGGCCAUAAAUUCAAUCCAGCUCCCACGGCCUGAGGCUGAGCUUAUACACCACUGGAAUACGUUCCUCUCCGGCAACAUGCUUUUGGUCGAUUCUCCGGGCAAUGCUUGUCGAACAGUGUUCUUGCCAAUGGCCCUCCAGGGACUUGAGGCUUCUCCCAAGGAACCAAGUAUACAUCUCUCUAUUCUUCACGCCAUCUGCGCUUCAUCCGCCUUCAGCCUUGCUCAUCUCCGCCAAGAUACACGGUAUCAAUCCCUGGCAACCCAUCACGAUCAACUUGCGAUUCGCCAUCUACGACACAACCUCGCCCGUGGUAUUCGGCUUGACGAGCCCACCCUGGCCGCUGUACUAAGCUGUAUCACAGCCGAAGCCAUGUCUGGACGCAGGCGUCGAUGGAGAGCGCAUGUCACCGGUGGACUGGCUCUCUUGGAGCACGAGAUUCGUGGAGGGUGGGUUCCCGGACCGGCUGCGUCUCGCCUGAUUCAAAGCUAUCUCUCACUGUCUGUGCUCUGCGCUUUGCCCGUGUCACCACACUUAAUGCCCCUUCUGGACGAUUCGCCGGAUCUGCGUCACUACCUAGAACUCAGCCACGGGAUCAAUGGGCCUCUCGUGCAGUUCAUAGCCUAUAUCACAUCCAUUGUCGACUCAAGAGCAUCAAUCCAUUCCGAGGAGCUGGAUCGCCUCGAGAUGCAACUCCACCAACACUCCUCACUACUCUCGAUAACAAGCGGGCCGGGUUCCACCCUUGUCCAACACGCGCUGAACUCCUUUUAUUUUGCUUCAAUCAUCUACUUCCGUCGCAACCUGCGACAUGCCUCCCCCUCUGACGUUCAAGACCUGGUGGAAAAGGCCGUGGAAGAGCUGGAGGCUGUCGAGACGAUCAGCAACGAAAGAGGAGGCUGCGCUUACAAUUGGGCCAACUUUGUUGUCGCUGCUGAAUGUGAGCGUGCGGACCUUCGAGCGCGAAUAGCCGCCUUCUUUGAUCGAAAGAGUCGACAUGGCAUACACAACAUCAAGGUGAUGAGCGAAGUGGUUCAAGAGCUGUGGCAAAGGCGGGACCAGGCCGUUGGCCAAGAUAUUCACUGGCAACAAAUCGCCCAGGAGGCGGAUUUCGACAUCAUGCUAUGUUGA